AAACGAAUGUUUUUUAUUAAAUAGAAAAAAAGUAAUGAAUAGAUUUAUUUACUCAGGGUUCCACGUUUUUCUUUUUUAUUAAACAAGCAGCCAAAAUAUAUUUUAAAAACAUUUAUUGCAUGACCUAUGGGUAACGUUAAACAUUUUCAAAAUCACUAGCGUUUUGACGCCGUCUAAUUGACAUUUACUUUAUUUUUGAACUUAUUGUAUCUUCUUUUUGGUUUAUUAAUUAAAGAAUAAAACCAAAGACGCCACCGAAAAAAUGCAUGGAUUGACAUUUCAAGAAGUGUCGUUGAAAACCAUUCACACAUUUUUUUUUGAAAACAGAAAAGUAAAAACGUUUUGAUUCAGAUUCUCUUACCUAACGUUAAAAACUUUUUAUUGCCAUUCGAUUCCAAAAAAACAACUCGCACUUCAACAAAAUGAUUGAAGAUUUAAAUAUUGGUAAUAAUUCUGCAAAUGAAGAAUCUUCUGGGUCGAAUGCAUGUUCAACUCUUCCUUCAUCCUAUACUCUAGAGACACUCUUACAUAUCGACUGUUUAGAUGAUGAAUCCUUAGUAGGUCGGGAACUUGAAAAAUGCUAUGAUUACUGUCGAUCAAAAGAAGCACAACAUAUGUUUUGUACUCAAUUACCUUUUGUUGAUGGAACAAAUAAAUUUGCAUGUUAUGGAUAUCGUUAUCAAGUGUAUCAGUUUUUAUUUGGCUUUGUUUACGAAUGUCAAACGGAACUUUAUAAUUAUAUUGCAGAAACAAUGUUAUCUCAAUGCACCGCUUGUAUGAUGGGAUAUCAUAUAGCUCGAAAACAACUUCUUCAAACAAUGGCAGUCGUGUACGAUACAUCAAGUUUAUCUACCUUAGAUUUAGAGUAUUUGAAGUGGGAAAUGUCAAGAGUUAUUGCGAGUGUGAAACGUUGUUAUUUGUGUGUGGAGUAUUUUGUGGUGAGCAAGCGGGGGGAGCAAACCGUUCUGAUAGACAACAAAAAAGAAAAAUUUUCUUUACAAAACAAUUCUUUUUUAACAGAGAAAGAAGCAACUGAUUCAAUUCCUGUUAUUUGUAAUGCUUUAUUAGAAGUUAUAUCACAAGAAGAUCGAUUUUUUACUAAGAAGGAAAUGUUGUUAACUGAAUCAAAUCAACUUUACGAUUUUUUAGAUCAUUCACACAAGUGGAAGCAUCUUUUAUCUUUAAUGAUACCUUUUUUGUUAAAAGCACCUUCAUCAAUGUUGGCUGCUUUAGUUACAGGACUUUUAAGUUCGUCUCCAAAUGUUUCUAAUAUUUGCUCUUUAUUUUUGGACCAUUUAUGCCAGCAUUUUGUCCAUGAUAUAACUCACACUCCAACAACUACAUAUCGAAAAGAUAUGUUUAAUAGUUUUUAUAAAGGAUUUCGAUUGUGGAAAAAAUGUAUAUCAAAAAAAACAGUUCAACUUGUAUCUGAUUCACUGGAUUCUAAUUUCUUAGCUGAUUAUUUGAUUUCAACCGAAUCUCUCAUAAAAAUUGCUAAAAAAAUGUUACGCUUUUUAAAAACAUUUCAUCCAUCUUAUAAGGAAGCUCUGUGCAUUUUAAUUCCAUUACGUUCAAGUGUCAUUGAGAUACUACAAAAAUGUCAUAUUGAUUCCGCUCUACUUGUUUCAAAAGUUCCUUCAGAUAUUCUUUUGAAUUUUAUGAGUUUUUUAAUACCAUUCCCUGUUUGUACCCAUGACUCAUCCACACUCCGAUAUUGUAUACUCUUUCUAAAGGAGUUUUUACCUUUUCAUUCUUUACGUUUAACCAGUGUCUAUAUUUUAGAAGAUAUAUUUUUCUCGUUAAUAAAAUUCAAAGACACUUUUUUGAAUGAUGCGAUGAACAAGGAAGAAUUUCAUUCAUGGAGAUUAUGUUUUUGUUCUAUUUUACAUUCCUUACCGCCCUUGACUUCUUUUUCUAAAACAUUUUUUGUUCAAUAUGAUUUCACAUUAAUGAGUUUAGAAUUUCGUUUGAUUGUAAGAAUUCUAACAUUAGAUUCACACUUUUUUAUUCCUUGUCAUUUACCCAUUGAGUCUAAAAUUGAAAAAUCAGAUGAUUCCUUACAAGUGAAAAAUCCUUUUAUUAUUGACUAUGAAAAUUAUGUAGAUUCGUUUUUAACCCAUUUAUGUCAAUGUAAAAGUAUUCUAAUCAAUACGAAUCAAGAGGAUUCUUUAAAUCAUUUUUGUCAAAUCACGCCUUUAACGUUCAAAACAAUUUUUUCUUCAUUUUUAGAGUCAAUUUUUAAAUGGGGGGUAACCGAUUUUGUUUAUGAAAUCACUUUUUUAAGUGCUGCAACCCAAGCGAGUGAAAAUGUGUUUGAAGGUUUUCUUCAUUUCCCUCGCUCUAAACAAUAUUUUACUACUCUUAUGCAAUGGAUACGCCAACAAUUGUUGUUGCCGUCUGGUAAUUUCGCCUUCCUUAUAGACAUUUUUUUACGUUACAUACCUUACAUUUACAUUCUCAAAACGUUUUGUCCUCAUCUUCAACAUAAAGAAAAAACACUGUAUCUUAGUCAAUGGGAGACCAGUUCUGCAUUUGUCACAACUUUUAUUCAAAUAACUCAUGAAAUUUUUAACAAGCUACAAUCACGGGUUUCAACAUGUGUAAAUAAUACGGCGUUAAGUCAUUGUUCAUCCGUUCAGUUAAAACUAUCACACACAAAGAAAGAUGUGACGAGUGAAUCUACAAAGGCAACGAAUCCUUUUGAUCUUAGUGUCAAAACAUGUCUUUGGGUAGAAGAAUUCGUUGGUUCAUUAGCAUCUUUUUUAUGUGGAAAAUUGACUCCAAUUUGUGUCAUUCAUUUACAAAAAUUUUUAUCGAUUCUUUUCCCAACAAAUUCUUUAGUAUUGGAUAGUUCCAAAAUUUUAAUCUACUUUUCAAAAAAAAAAUAUCUUCUUUUCACUCAAUUUGCUCAAGCUUUAAUGGAAGAGGUGUCACCUUACCCUCUACUAGCAUCCAUAAUAAGGGCAGCAACAACUUUGUUUCGUACAAUACAAAUUUAUCAUGUCGCACUCCAUGCCUUCUCUUCUCAUACCAAAGUUCAAUUAAAGCAUCUUUCUUUAUCAAAACACUCGCAGUGGAUGCAUUGGUGUGUUUUUUUAUGCUUCUCUCUACCAGCAUUAGAAUCACGCUAUCAACAGGUUAUAAAAGAGAAAACUUUACCUAUAAAACUGUUUGAACAAGUUGAAACCAUUGUACACUUUGGAUGGAAAACCGUAGAAUUCAUUGCACAAUCUUUGCCAGUAGCACCAAUUGAUUAUCUUAUGAGAAAAAAGGAAAAAGAGUCGAGUCCAACAAAUGAAACGUCGAGUGAUAGCGAUGCUUUCUAUAUAAGUGAUAUAAUUUUUUUUUUCUUUAAUAUGUGGAUGUCAAGCUCUUUACGCAUUAUGGAGUCGCUUGUUCUUUACAGACAAAAUCUUGCAAAUAUAAUUGAUAUAGAAAAUUUGAGUCAUAUUGAAAAUUUUCGUCAACACAGUCAAUGGACAACUGUUCUUUUACCUUGGUGUGUUGCAUUACAAGAAUUUCACAUACCUCUUUUGGCUAAAAAAUUAAUGGAACCAACAUCAAAUCAAUCUAUUGAUACAAUGCGUCUAUGGAAUCAAUGGCGUUUAACUCGAACCAGUAUAUCUAUAGAAUCGUUAUGCCUAAGUAUAGCAAAAGGAAUGACAUUGGUUCAUCGUCAUUUUCGUACAAAAGCAGUGGAAAAAGGUUCUUUUCUUAUUCGACUUCUUGGUCGGGGAGAUCAACCAGCUAAUAUAACUCAACUCUUAACAGAUCUUUGUGACCAGAUAACUCAAAGUCAGAAGGCUAAAAUGAUAAUUUCUUUGGAAGACUCGCAUGUGAAGAGUGUGACGACAACGCCAUGGGAUCUUUUUCGGUUUAUGCCUUCUAAAGCACCUUUAAGUGAAGAAAAAAAUACCUGUACAUCCAAUGCCUUUUUGAAAAAUAUGUUAAAUCCCAUGAGUUCCGUGACUUUGAAAAAUUUUUCAUUCAAACCUUACCCUUUCAAACCUAAAAAGACAGGACGAAUAGCAGAAUCACUACUUCGAAAAUUAGGAGAAGAGAAAACAUGUCCAAGUCGCAAGAAAGGUGACUUUGUGGUUCCUACUGUUGGAACCAAAUUAAAGCAGUUAAACAAAUUUUCGAAAAAAUGGAAUGCCCCAUCCUCCUUGGAAACAUUUUUACCACCAUCACGGACUUCUUCAACUUUAGGUUGUACGAUGUUAGUCACAAGUCCUUCUGUGGCUCUUAUUAAAAAAAACAACUUGAAAUUACAAUCACCAUCUUUUGAACCUUUACAAGCGUCACUGAAUUCACGACAACGUUUGUUACCAUCUGAAAAAGCUCAAGCGGUGGAAAAGGCAUCUUUUUAUGUUCAAAAAGUUUUAAAUACAAUUCUGGAAUGGGAUGUUUUUUCUUUAGCGUCGGUACAGAUCAUUCAAUCCACGCAUAAAACAGAACGUUUACCUAUUUCUUUUGAUAAUGUGGAGGAUUUUCAACGUAUUUUCGAGCCAUUAGUUCUAGAAGAAUGUCGGUGUUCUUUGUUACAAGAAAGCAUUGAACGACGUUUAGAAGGAUUUCCUUUAAUUGUGACGCGCAGUACACGUCUUGGAAAUACAGCUAUUAUAGCAACAGCUGAAGGUGAUUGCCAACUGAAGAAUGAAGCGUGUCAGCCUACAUUAGAUUCUAACAAAGAAACGAAAACAUUACCCGAAAAUAAAAAUGUUCAUUUACCUUUUCAACCUUGGAAUCUUGUUUUAUUAAUACCUAAUGUUGGUGUUGUUGAAACAACAUCCUUAGAGGGUCAAACUUUAGAUGAAGUGAGGAUACCUCCUCAGCAGGGUUACGCGCUAUGCAUUGUAGAAAAAGAUGACGAUUCUGAAAAUCGUUAUGGUGAAGCAUCUUUACAUGCAAUACGAUUACGACUGUUAUCUCGAUUGCGCGAAGCAACAACAACGCAUAUACGUCGUAUUCCUUCUACAAAGUUGACUAUCAACUCUAAAUGGAUUGGAUAUACUUUAGGUUCAUUAACAACAUCUAUACGAGAAGUACAAAGCCUUUUCAUGUCACAUUUAUCUCCAUUGUUUCCUUUUAUACUUCAUCCACAAAGUUAUUUAACGAAAAGUGCUUCAGCGUUACCGGUGGAACGUGAGCAGACGCUCGAAAGUGAGUCAAAUCACGUAUGUCGCAGGUUUUGGGACAAAGGACCCACAUUAGAAACGGUGAAGACAAUUUGUAAAUUAAAUGAUUCACAAGCGUCUGCGUUACAUCAUGCCUUUACAAUAGACCAUGGGGUUGCUUUACUACAAGGGCCUCCUGGAACUGGAAAAACACAUACCAUAUGGGCGCUUUUAGCGCUUUUACAUUUUUAUCAAACAAAUGAAGGAGGCCAUUUAAAAAAAAAAAUACUUGUUUGUGCACCUUCCAAUGCAGCGAUAGAUGAAGUAGCGUCCCGUGUGUUAGCACAAGGAUUACCUAGUUUCGAUGGGACGAAUCAAGUGAUUCACCCUCUUUGUUUGCGCGUGGGACAUCCUCAGCGUAUAACGCGCCCAGAAGUUUUGUGUAUUUCUCUGACGGAAAAUGUAAAAGCCGAUGGAAUUAAAGCGGAGCAAAAUAAAAAACAAGAUUAUUCAAAUCAUCGUGAAAUAAUAUCAAACGAAUUAACUUCUAUUUCCACCACAUUACAGAAUCUUCCUUCAGUUCAUGAAGCAAAAUCAUUUCAAAAUGCUUUUUGUGAAACGACGAGUACCCAAGUGGAUUCUAAUGAUUUAAAACAAGCAAAACAUCAACUUUUCACUAAAAAAAAAAUGCUACAUACACAAAUGAAUCGAUUAAAAGAAACGUUUCGAGAGGAUAUGAAGAGUACAAAAAAGAAAUGUCAAGAGACAUGUUUAAGAGAAACAGAUAUCCUUUUUUGUACCUUGUCCGGUUCAGCAAAUGAAUGCCUUUCUGGUUUACCAAUUGAUUGUAUCAUUAUCGAUGAGGCAGCUCAAGCAGUUGAAUUGUCAACAUUAAUUCCUUUAAGGUUAGAACCUUUAAGGAUUGUUUUAAUAGGUGAUCCGCAACAAUUACCUGCAACCGUUUUAUCACGUGCAGCUAAAAAAUUAGCGUAUGAGCGUAGUUUGUUUCAGCGUUUACAAGAGUGUGGUGUUCAAAGCAAAAUGCUUUCAAUUCAAUAUCGUAUGCAUCCUUCUAUAGCACGUUUCCCUUCAUCCUAUUUUUAUGAUAAUGCUUUAAUCAAUGCGCCAGUCGUACAAAAUCGUUCUUCUUUACCCAUGCAUCGCUGGAAGGGUGUUUUUGAACCUUUUUUAUUUUUUCAUAUUCAAUCUCAAGAAAAUCGAAAUUCUUUUUCUCAAUCAUUAUCUAAUUAUGAUGAAGCUUUCUUUAUUGUUUCCUUACUGUCUUUAUUAAAUAAACAUUUUCAUUUAAGUGAUGUUUCUCAGGAAGCUCAUCUCAAAGAUUUUCAACCCACGUCUCCAAAAGCUCAUCAACUAAGUUGGAAUGAUAUAUCCAUUGUCACUCCUUACAAACAACAAGUAACCCAAAUACGUCAACUUCUUUCAACACAUUCACAGAAUCGCCCUACUAAUAUUCCCGAUGUUUGUACAAUAGAUGCGUUUCAAGGACGUGAAAAAAGCAUUAUCAUAUUCAGUUGUGUGAGAGCAUUAAACUGUGAUUUUGAAAUCUCAACUCAGAUACCUUCACAAGAUGAAAAAAAAAACAGUGUGAAACAAAACAAAUCUGACAGUAGCAUUCCAGCUAACUUAGGAUUCGUUGCGGACAUUCGCCGAAUGAAUGUUGCUAUUACUCGAGCACGUGAUUGUCUUUGGGUUGUGGGGAAUGCUGAUACAUUGCAAAGGCAUCAUGCAUGGAAAGCUUUUAUAGAUUAUGCUAAAAAUGAAAGAAACGGUACUUGUGCUUUUAUCAAUGUACGAGAUUAUUGUGAAAAAAAUAAUCUUAUUAGCCACAAUCCGAAACGAGGUUACUUGAGUCGUACUCGACCUAUAACCUCGAUUGUAUCAAAUUUUUUUGCUCAUGUUGAAAAAUGUUAUUUACAAGAAGAAAAAAAAUCCGUAACACCGCAUAAAAAAGCAUUCGCGUUGACGACACCGCAAAAAAAACGAAAUUCACCAGUUAAAAUUAAAGAGACUUGUAGUCUUCUAGAAGAUCUUAGUAGUGUGUCAUCUUCGGAUAACUCGGAUACAGUUAGUCAAGCAGCAGAUAAGUUUAAGAAAAAAAGUGAAGCUCAACAUAAGAAAUCGUCCAUAUGUGUAUUACCUUUCAACAAAAUGAAUUGUCACCCUUCUUUAACGCCUGUAUCAUCUUUUCCCAUAACACUUUCCCAAGAAAUACCUUUCCGUACAUCACCUUCUUUAUUAAAACCCUUACAAAAAACAACGAUUCCAAAUGAUCCUUUUCAAAAGGAACCGUUACAUGUUUCCCUUCCUGAGAAUCGACUAUAUCGUUCGCAACAGUCCUUACCAAAAACGGUACUUGUAGCAAAAAAAACAUUAGCUUAUCAGCCGAAUGUCGCUCUUCAUAAAGUCUCACCGGUAUCUCCACCGCACGUCGCAAAAAAAGGUUCAACAGUUAAAAAAAGAAAAAAAAGCAUUUCGGAUAUACCGUUUGUGUUUCAUUCUAAAACGAAUUCUCUUUGUAAUAUGUCUCAAAAAGCUUUGCAAGCUCAGCAGCAGAUGACUUGGAAAAAUAAGCCAAGACUUAUUUGUCCUACACUUGGACCAUCGCAAAAUUUCGACCCGCCCACUUUAUCCGAUCCCCUCGUGUAUGCACAAAUGAAACAUCACAAAAAUAUACAAGGGUCUCAUUUGGAAUUCUUUUAAAACAGAAAAAUUGUUUUUUUCUCAUCCCCAAACCAUCGUUAGUGAAAACAAUAGAUUUCUUCUUUUUACUUUAUUGUAAAAAAAGGGCUUUCUUCUUUUGAAUUUCGUUUCAAAAAAAAAAAAAUUGCUGACUUGUUCAUUACACGUUAUUAAAAAUGACAAUGUGGGAAAUGUUUUUAUUCAUUCCACAUGUGACCCUACAAAAUGUAAAAACGUGUAAAGCCUAUUUAGUCACUCUCUUUUUCCGUUGCCACCCAAUAGCGUUGUAGAACCGACUUCUCCAAAAACAAAAUAAUUUCCGUUACACGAUUCACAAGCGUGACUCUGGAUGUCUUUGCAAUGAAUCUUUUGACAUUGUAUGAUCGCAUACAUUAGAAGAAACUUUUGAGCCGCGAGGCUUCUUUUAUUGACGCAUCAAAACGUUCUUAGAAUGGACUUGCAUCUUAUCUGAGAAUGUCCUAAUACAAUAGAUUGUCUAAUGGAUGAUAGUUGCAGGAAACCUUUUGAAUUGUUACAAUAAUGCAAGAUACGCAUGUACUACUGGGUCGAACCGGCUGUAGAACUUUGUGAAAAGUUUGUUAUAUUGUAUGUUGUGUGUGCUUUUACGUGAUACCAGUUAAAGUCAAACUGAAAAAUUAAUGUCGCAGUUAUUCUACCUGUUCUGUGAAUGAUAAGAAAAAUGUGAUUAAACACAAAACUAAAGAGAAUCAACCACAUAAACAAA